AUUAACACAACAUCUCCUCCUGUCCAGGUCGGGCAGUAAUGCGCCGUUGAGCUGUUCGUUCAACGUCGGAUACUAAAAGUGAGCGAAACUCAAACAAACCAGUUGCUGUUUACUUAGCUUUUACAAACGAAACAAGGAUUUCUACUUCUUUUUUUAGUUUUGAAGAAGGUUAACAACUAGUGUGCAAAGUAUAACAUUGAAACCCGCCAUAACUUCACGACAAUGAAUAACCCAGUGAACUGUGUGCAGAGAAGAUAGUUGGCAGUGAGCUAGCAUUAGGCUAACGUCUCCAAUGAGCAGGUUUAAACCGUCGACAAGCGGCCGGUGCAGAGCUCCUGUCCGGCUGAGCAAAGAGCCCCCAGCCCCCGGAGGAGCCAACAAGGUGCUGGCCGAGAGGAACCAUGCUGUGGUGGCGGUGGGAGCCUGGGUGGAGAGCGAGCACGACUUUAUGGAGCACCCAUCUGCUCUUGCUUUGCUCACUGAAGAGAUCCAGGUAGAGAAGAGGAGGGAGACUGAGGAGAGCCUUCUACGAUUUCAAGAGGAAGUACGCCAUCGUGUGGCGCAGCAAGCUCAAGUCAGCAAGAAGAGACAGCAGCCUCACACUGAUCCCAUGGUACACAUAUCAUUAUCAUGACUUAUAGUCAGGGCUGCCAACCCUCACACAUUGAGCGCGAGAGUCACGCAAUUAACACCUCACGCACUCACGCCACACAUGCCUUUCCUCACGCUAAGUUUUCGUCCAAAAUAAAUGUAUAUAAAAAUAAAGUGAAGGAACAGCAAACGAAGCGUCACCUGACACCCGCUACUACCAUUACGAAAUAAAAAAAAUAUAGAUUACUUUAGGGCUAACUAGAAAAGAUACCAGAACUGAUGCAGGGCAAAUUAAAACAUGACUGACCUGCUUGGAGCAUCAAGCUAACUGAAGCUGGACUCAGACGUGCGACAGCAAAAUACACCCCCGGGUACAAAAUAAAGGAAUGCAUAAACAAACAAGGCGGAACCAAUUUACAUAUGAAAAGAAUAUAUAAUUUGGUGAAGUUCACAAUAACAGAAA